UCUAUAUCUAUAUCAUCUUCAAAAUUUGGAAUAUACAAUUAGGAAAAAAAGAGGGUCUAUUCUUUAAAUAUUAUGGAACCAAAUACUGUAAUGUUGUUUUUUGCACUUAGUGUUUGUUUUUCUAGUUUCAUUGUAUCAUUUUCUCAGACAGAAAAACUUAGUAUUGUCAAAGAAUCGGUUUCAUUUCCAAGCAAUUUCUUGUUUGGAACAGCCUCUUCUUGUUACCAGUUUGAAGGAGCUUUUCUCAGUGAUGGGAAAGGCCUAAACAAUUGGGAUGUUUUCACUCAUGAAGCUGGUCACAUAGCAGAUGGAAGUAAUGGAGACAUUGCUCUCGAUCAUUAUAAUCGAUAUCAGGAGGACAUCAAGCUCAUGGAAGAUAUGGGAGUGAAUAGCUUUCGUUUCUCUAUCUCAUGGGCAAGAAUUUUGCCUAAGGGGAUGUAUGGAGAUGUCAAUAUGGCUGGAAUUCAGCACUACAAUAAGCUGAUUGAUGCACUCCUACACAAAGGGAUCCAACCAUUAGUCACCUUAGUACAUUAUGACAUACCUCAAGAACUUGAAGACAGAUAUGGAGGUUGGCUAAGUCCCAAAAUACAGAAAGAUUUCAGUUAUUAUGCAAACAUAUGUUUCAAAUAUUUUGGGGACAGAGUGAAAUAUUGGGUGACUAUAAAUGAACCAAAUGUAAUGGCGGUUCGUGGCUAUAGAUCGGGGACAUUCCCGCCUGCAAGAUGCUUCGGUUCGUUUGGUAAUUGCAGUGCUGGGAAUUCAGAAAAAGAGCCUUUUAUAGCAGCACAUAAUAUGAUUUUAUCUCAUGCAGCUGCUGUUAGCAUUUACAAAAACAGAUAUCAGGAAAGACAAGGAGGUAUGAUUGGAAUUUCCUUGAAUACACAAUGGUAUGAACCUUUUAGCAAUUCCCCAGACGACAAUUCUGCAGCGCAGAGAGCUCGAUCUUUCGUUUACAACUGGUUCUUAGACCCUAUUAUAUUUGGAAGAUAUCCUGAGGAAAUGCAACAAAUUUUGGGAAACAACCUGCCUGCAUUUUCAAGAAUUGAUUUGAAAAAACUGAAUAAUGGCUUAGAUUUCAUUGGCAUCAAUCAUUACACAGCUGCUUAUAUUAAAGAUUGCUUGUACUCUACCUGUGAACAUGGAUAUUCUUGGUCAGAGGGUUCCUAUUUUCGUGCUACAGAAAAAGAUAGUGUGUACAUUGGGAAACCCACUACAAUGGACUGGCUAUUCGUGUACCCUCAAGGAAUGGAAAAGCUUGUGAUGUAUAUGAAGGACAGAUUCAACAAUACUCCAAUAAUCAUCACUGAGAAUGCAUUCUUUGAGAGUGACAAUCCCAAUUCUUCCCUAGAAGAUGCCCUUAAUGACACUCAAAGAGUAGAGUACAUGCAUAGCUACUUGAAUUCCUUGGAAAAUGCAAUGAGGGAAGGUGCAGAUGUGAGGGGGUACUUCGCUUGGUCGUUCUUUGGACAACUUUGAAUGGUUAGAAGGAUAUACAAAAAGAUUUGGACUGCAUUAUGUUAAUUUUACAAAUCUCCAACGAACUCCAAAAUUAUCAGCCACUCGAUUUAAGGGGCUCAUGUAUAACUUUCAAAGCCAACUAGCAAGACAUUGAAGAGUGAAACAAGUAGAAGCACCAUAUGUGCCUUUAUGAA